AUGGUUCAAUCUUUCUUCCAUUCUUAUUUCAUUUUGAAACAAUUGAAUCACAAUUUCACUACUCUUAUUCCUAAGAGCAACUGUCCUAAAAAUGCAGCUGAUUUUAGACCUAUUAGCCUUUGUAAUGUAUCUUACAAAAUAAUAUCAAAAUUGUUAGCCUCUAGAUUAAAGAUUGUUUUACAUAAAAUCAUAUCUCCAGCUCAGAUAGCUUUCAUAUCGGGUAGGCUAAUUCAUGAUAAUAUUAUUAUUGCUUAUGAAUUGAUUCAUUCUAUGAAGCAAACUAAGGCUAAAGACGGUUAUGCGGCAAUCAAGCUUGACAUGUCAAAGGCUUUUGACCGAAUUGAAUGUGGUGCCCCAGGUAAAAUUUACUAUCCUCAAAGAGGUUUGAGACAAGGAGAUCCCUUGUCUUCGUACCUCUUCAUUCUUUGUAUGGAAGCUUUAUCUAGAGGUUUGAUUCAAGCUGAAAAAGAUAACCUCAUUCAUGGGUUUAAAGCUAACAAACAUUAUCCCUCAAUCUCUCACUUAUUCUAUGCAGAUGAUUGCCUGAUGUUCAUUAAGGCAAGAACCAGAGAUGCUAGGAACUUAGUAACACUUAUUGAGCAAUUUAGUAAGUUUUCUGAUCAAGCUGUAAAUUUUGAGAAAUCCGCUUUAGCUUUUAGCAAAAGAGUGCCUAAUAAUAUUAAGAAUGAGAUAGCUAAUAUACUCAGAAUUAGAAGAGUGUCUCUAAAUGAAAAAUGUUUAGGUGUCUCGUUACUUUUACAAAAAAGAAAAUUUGACUCUUUCACUCACCUGCUAGACAAUACUAAGGGUAGACGUGCUCAUCGGAAACCAACUUAUCUGGAUCCCCCAGGAACUGUUAUGAACCAAUUUUUACUAGGAAGUUUAACUAGCCAUCACUUAGUUGUUUUUCCUAUGCCAAAGGAGCUGACUGAUAAAUUGGAUACCUUGCAAACGAAGUUUUGGUGGGGCAAAAAAGAGGGUGAAAAAGGUUGUUAUAUUAAAGGUUGGAAAGACACUAAUCUUCCAAAAGAAUUCAGAGGUUUAAAUAUCAGGAAAACUGAUAUUUUAAAUCUUGCUCUCCUAACUAAAUUAGCUUGGAGAAUGGUUGAGAAUCCAUAUGAUAAAUUGACCGGUAUCCUUAGGGGUAAGUACUUUGCUAAUUCUAAUCCUUUGUAUAACAGUGUGUCUAAAUAUGGCGGGCUCCUGGAUUUGGAAUGGCAUUUGCAUAGUUAUAGACAGAUACAACGUUACUGGUCUCCACUAGCUAAUUACUUGACAAAAAUCAAUUCUGAUGCAUCAUAUGUGGAUAGAAACAGUCAAUCUGGAUGGGCACUAAUAGCUAUAAAAUUUUCAGUUGAUUGCGAUGGAUUGCGAGGAGGUACAGAUCCUGUAAUAGAUCCAGAGCAAGCAGAGGCACAAGCAUUAUUGAAAGCAGUCUUGUGGGCACAACAAAAAGUUUUGAUAAAGUUGCACUUGGAGGGUGACUGCCUAAAUGUGAUUAAUGAUGUGAAUGUGGAGGCGGAGCAAGCAUUCCCUUAA